AUCAUUAUGAUAUUAUGGUCUCCUGUCUCAAUUCCAAUCAGGAUAAACUCACUGUAUUUUUGUUUUCAGUUUUCAGUAUCAAGAGUCACUGGUUUACUCUUAUUUACAUUUUCAUUCAGGCCAUAGGAGUAAGAAAUUCAGAUGCAAAAAGGUUUUUCUAAAUAUAUGUCUUAGUAUGAGUUUAACCAUGACCACAAAUCACUAGACUCUUUCCAGAAAAAUAGGUUUAACAAUUAAAUGAACACUGGUGAACAUUUGGCUCUGUACAUAAAGACAGAAUGAAUGAAUUUUAGGCUUUAAUAAAUUCUUAGAUGCUGUACAAUUAAUUUGUCAUUUUGCACAUAUAAGUUGAUGCUGUCAUUGUGCAUCAUAUCAUACCAUGUAGUGAUAUGAAAUAAUACUUUAACUCUGUGUUGGUGUGCAUGCUGUAGAGCCACCAGCUUUGGUAUCUGCAGGACAAAGGAGUUGACUUUAGAGAAAAUUUUUCAUUCCAACAACAGCAGAACGUCUCGUGUCUAACUGGUUGAGUUUAACAUUCACACCUUGUUGGUGAGAGUAAGAGUUAGUGCAGCAAAGAAGAGAGACUGCUGAAAUUGCAAAAUGCCAAAGGUCUGUUCAAGUCCUCCACCAGUGCUGCCAAAGACGUGGAUUACUAAAAAGAGUUCAGAAGAAAGUGAAACUGCAAAUGACGACCUGGAAAUAGUCGAGCCAAAGCCUCCAGUUCCACAUCCAAAGAGACAGUUUAGCUUUCCCAACAAAACUGAAGACAAGUUGUCAAAAUGCAGCUCCCCUCCUGAGUCUCCCACAAAAUCUCCAAAGCCAAAGCCUCCAGUUCCACAUCCAAAGAGACAGUUUAGCUUUCCCAACAAAACUGAAGACAAGUUGUCAAAAUGCAGCUCCCCUCCUGAGUCUCCCACAAAAUCUCCAAAGCCUCCAGUUCCAGCACCAAGGAAACAGUUUAGCCUUCCAGAAAAAACUGAUGACAACAAGCCAGAGUGGGGCUCCCCUCCUCAGUCCCCCACUAAGUCUCCAAAGGUCUGCUCAACUCCUGUUCCAAAGAAGAGUACUGUUAAAAAGAGUUCAGAAGAAAGUGAAACUGCAAAUGGCAACCUGAAAAUAGUCAAGGCAAAGCUGGAAUGUAACUUUUCUCAAAUGAUAGCUGAACAAUCAGCCAACAAAUCACAACCUCCUCGGCUGCCUACCAAACCUCCAAAACAAGAGUCUGACAGUGAUAAUGAAAUCCUGGAUGGCAGCUCUCUGUUGAGUUGGUGGAAGACAAAGAAAUCCUGGGAUACACUGUGCGAAGACCUCAGACUUACAGGGAAGGGAGAAACAAAGAUCAUCAGAAUUAAAGCUGGACAGCUCUAUAAAGCUGCCCAGGUUUACAUCCUCCUGCUGUCUGAACAUGGUAGCACUCUGAAGGAAUAUACUUCAGAGUUGCUCUGCAUCGCUGACAACUUAGACAAGGUUUCAAAGGGGACGAAGAUUGCUGGCAUUACUGGAGGAGCUACAACUGUAGCCGGAGGUGUGGCAGCAGCUGCUGGGGUCAUACUGUCUCCGUUCACACUAGGAGCCUCAUUGGCCCUGACUGUAGUCGGUGUGGGCGUGGCUGCAGCCGGCGGCGUCACUGGUGCAUCAGCAGCUAUCGCAAACAAGGUGAACCUCUCUCAAGACAAUAAGAAAAUUGAACAGAUCUUUCAGGAGUACACAGACCUCAUGGUGGGUAUUGAGGACUGCUUGAAGUUCAUCAACGAGGGCAUGGAGACACUAAGGCAGCAUGAUCUGUCCAUUCUGAGUGAAGCCAGGAAGGAAUCGGUGAGGGUAGCUGGGGUGAUAGAGCUGGCUGCUACAGGAGGGGCAAGUGCGAAGGCCAUAGAGACUAACAGUAGGGUAUGUGGGCUGAUUCAAGGCUUUGCCCUUGGAAUGGAUUUCUACUACACCCAAGGCAAAGAUGGGCAGAAGCUAAAGAAAGGCCUCGAGUCAAAGUUUGCAAAAAAAAUCCGCAAACUAGCAGAUGACCUCAAUGAUGGAUUGAAAGAGCUCAUGCAAAUCAAGGACUUGUUCAUAGAGCAUUGUCCAGGGGAGUAAAAGUUUUUUCUCCUGCUUGUUUUUAUGUUUAUUUGGAUUAUGGUUUAACAUGUGAUAUUUCUAUGUUUACUAAAGGUGAAAAUGAAACAAAUGCAAAAGAAAGGUCUAAAGAGUUGCUUUUCUGAUGAUCCUCAAGAAAUGUCUUUAAUUAAAUUUUUUGUUUGUUUUUAAGACCUACUGUAUGCUGUACAACCCACUUAUUUUGCAGCUUUACAGCUUGUAGCUGUUUGAUGGGACAUAAUUACAGCGAUUGUGUGAACCCCUCUUUCUUUGUUGUUUUUUGUUACUUAGCGUGACAUUCUCGGUAAGUAUCAUAUAUUCACACACUAGCCGAUGUUAAGUUUAUCAUUUGUUCAUGUGUAUACAAUGACGUUUAUGAUACUGUAAAAUAAAUAAAAUGCUUUGCUGAUUUAGCUGAAGCCAACCACCAGAGGGCAGUCCAUUUCUUUGCCCUGGGUUCAAUUAAGUUUAUCCACCAGCUGCAAUGAAUUCACAAGGGACUCAGUGUUGCUGAUGCGGUGACACACCAACAACUAAUAGAGGACUACAAUAUAUGGGCAAAAGCUGCUUACAUAAGAGACAGACGGUGGAGUACACAGACCUGAUUAUGUUGUCCUUACAACUGAAGUUUGUUCGUUAGGAACUUAAUUGUCCACAAUGUGAAAACUUAUAUUGCCUCACUACACGGCAAAAGACACAACACACAAGACAACAUAUCAGUUCCAGGCAGCAACAUGAUUACAAAAUCCAUAUUGACAUACAAUUAUUUACAUAAAAAACACACACAUGAGCUGGGUGCAGGAAAAGGAAACUGCAAAAUUGAAGACAUGCUAAAAACGUGGAUAGUGAAAUUUCAAUAAAAUAUACUACUAAUGUAAGAUUUUGAUUGAUUAUUUUAUCCUUCUUUUUAAGAAGGUUUCUUGAAAUGGGCGUUAUGUAACAUAUGUUUUUGGUCGUUAUUUGACUUUACCGGUCGCGUAAAAGACCGACAACAGCGUUUCCCCCCAAUGUUUACAUUUUGUAUUUGACCUAUAUCUGACGUAGGGAGGAGCUCGUGCUUAAAGCUCCAUAUGGAACUAUUUUGUGAACUGUAUUGACAUAUGCAUCCAGCCAAUCAAAAUCAAGAGCGGAGUGAUCGUAGCGUUACGCGCGUUAGAUUACUACAACUGCCCAGUUAGGAUGGGCGUUCCUUAUUGUUU